UGUUUACUUUAUAUAACAUGCUGCGGAAGUACCUGUGGCUCACUUUGCUCAGACCUGACGGACAGGAAAGACCAAAAAUUUGACAGUCUCACUUCGUCUUUAGCCUCCUACUACCAAGAACCUAACAGCACCAGGGUGCAUCAGUGAAUCCCCAUGUCUACUGACCAGGAGAGCUGCCAUCUGUGUAAGGAAGACCUGAGGGACCCAGUCUCCAUCCCGUGCGGCCACAUCUUCUGCUCCAUCUGCCUGAAGACCUACUGGGACCACGCUGACCACACCGGUUCCUACAACUGCCCACGUUGUCGGGUCACCUACAACAAGAGACCCACCCCGCGCCGCCUCCAGACCUCCCGCUCCUCCACACACUCAACCCACUCGCAUCCCAGGAUGUCUGAGACCUACCCUCCUCCACCUCCAGACCCAGACUACAACUACGCCGGACCACAAGAUGUGGGAUGUGAUAUCUGUAUUGGGAAGAAGCACAAAGCCAUCAAGACAUGCCUGAUGUGCCUGGCGUCUUACUGUGAGAGGCAUCUAAAGCCCCACUAUGAGAACCCUGCCUUCAAGAGGCACAAGCUGGUGGAUGAGAUCGGCCAUCUGGACAGACAGAUUUGCCCCCAGCAUCAGAAGGGUCUGGAGCUCUUCUGCAAGACGGACCAGAUGUGUAUCUGUGUUCUGUGCACUGUGAAGGAGCACAAAGGUCACGACAUGGUAUCUGCCGAACAGGAGAGGUCAGAAGAACAGCAACGUCUGGGUGCCACCCAGGCAGAGAUCCAGGAGAGGAUCCACGAGAGGCUUAAGCAGAUGGAGGAGCUGAAACAAGCUGUGGAUUCACUCAAGAGCUCAGCCCAGAGGGCUAUGCAGGAGUGUGAGAAGUUGUUUGGCGACAUGAUGCGUUCCAUCGAGAGGAUGCAACAGGAAAUGACCAAGCUAAUUUCCUCCAAUAAGAGGGCAGCACUGAACAACGCUGAGGGUCACCUCGAGCGUCUGACCCACGAGAUCGCUGACCUCAAGAAGCGAGACAACGAGAUCACACAGCUGUCACGCACAGAGGACCACAUACACUUUAUCCAGAGCUACCACAUGCUAAUCGCUCAGACGGAGGCUGAGGAGCUGCCCACAGUCUCAGUGAACCCCUACUUCUCCUUCGGACCCGUCACCAAGGCUGUCUCUGAGAUGAAGGUCCAUCUCCAUGACAUCAGCAAUGAGGAGCUGGUCAAAGUGGCCAAGACUGUGAACAAAAUGCCUUUCUGCCAACUGGAUGAAGCCAAAAGGAGAAAUACUGUGAAAGCCGAUGCAGUUGUUGCCGUGUACAAGACACCAAGCCAGGAGCCCCAGCACAGAGAAGACUUCCUGAAAUAUGCCUGCGCUCUCACCCUGGACCCCAACACAGCCUACCGCCAGCUAUACCUGUCUAGAGGCAACAGGAAGGCAGCCCUGAAGAGAGAACCGCAGGACUACGCUGACAGUGCCUCCAGGUUUGACUGCCUGCCCCAGGUUCUCUGCAAAGAGCCCCUGUCUGGAGGUGCCUACUACUGGGAGGUGGAGUGGAGUGGAGAGGGGGCCUCCGUGGGCAUUACCUACAAGGGCAUCAAGAGAGUAGGCUACGGGGACAGCUGCCGCAUCGGCUACAACCGCAAGUCCUGGAGCCUUUUCUGCUCCGAUUCCAGCUAUUCCGCCCGAUAUGGUAAAGACCAGGUGGAAAUCAAUGCACCCUACUCCUCCAGGAUAGGUGUCUUCCUGGACCACUCAGCAGGCACCCUCUCAUUCUACACUGUGGGGGACACCAUGUCUCUCAUACACCGCUUCAAGGCCUCCUUUGCUGAGCCUGUCUACCCAGGCUUUUGGGUCUGGUAUGAGUCAGCGGUCACCAUCCGUCAGCUGUCAUAAUAUUAUAUUACCUAUGAUUAAAUUACGAUUGUCCAUGUAUCGGUCAUCAUACGUAUGGUGAUUCAAGUAAUAUAAUUACAUUUGUAAUUUGAUGGUGUCCUUGGCAAUGUUUUACUUUGUUCUAUUGAGGUUUGAAUUCAUGUUUUAUACUGUAUAUAAAUCAUCAGCUAGAGAGAGAUAUCUCCGACCAUUUGGGAAUAAACAUGUUAUCUAUAAUGUUUUCAUAAUCAUGAAGGAUCUACUUUAGAAUAGACUGAAGUGUCAACUAAUAUAUUUCUGCCCUUUUAUGAGGCGUUCAAAAGGCUCUCUGGUCUUUGCCGUUGAAUCUGUGCUUGAAAAUCAAAACUUGACUAAGGGACCUUACAAAUGUUGCAUGGGGGACAGAGGAAAUGUUAAUCAUAAAAAAAUAAUGUCAACCCCUAUUACUUCACACAUAGUCCAUGUAGCAUAUUAUGUGAUUUGUUAAGCCACAUUUGACUAAUUUAGGCUUGCCGUAACAAAGGGGCUGAAUUCGUAUGCAAUAGUUAUAUUUUAGUUAUCUAAUUUGUAUUAUUAAUUUUUUACUUUGACAUUACAGAGUACUUUGAGUUCAUUGUUGACAACAAAUUACAAUGAAAUUAAUUUUAAUCCCACUUUUUAACACAAUAACAUUUGAAGAAAUACAAAGGGUAUGAAUACCUUUGCAAGGCACUGUAUACUUAUAGUGUACUUGAUCACUCACAAACAAAGUUUCAUAAAAACAAAACUGUCUUUUGAAUGAAUAUAAUAAAUUACAAUUAAAGCGAUUGAAAUUGAA